AUGCCUUCAACCAACGCACCCGUUGAUAGCAAGUCGCGGCAGUCUUCAGGAGGGAGAUCAUUUUUUGGGCGGAAGAUACACAAAGAAAGGUCGCAAGACUCGUAUAGUCCGGAUGAUGGCGGUUCAGUCCUGGAGGUGCCCAGUACCACCGGCAGCGCCAAUGGAUCAAGAUCUUCGAGAUCCUCGCACAGAUCGCAAAUGCCGUCUGAGGACGCAGGGCAGGACGGAGAUAACUUGGGCUUGUCGAUGACUGCUGGCGUUAUCACGUCAAUACCUUAUGAUAGUGUAUCACCGGGUGGGAAGACCCCUAUUUCCGUGGAUUACUUGCCGAAGAACGACAUGAGUUCUCCCCGGAAAGAGCCCUUACCGCAUCACUUGGGCAAAGGAGGCAAAGACUUCCAUCAGUAUCCUUCAUUUAACCCCUCAGAAGCUACAAAUGGUUCCUCACAUCCUACUGGACCGCGACCCCCACCUCAUUCAUCCGCUUCACAAUCAUCCUUGAAGCCCUUCAACGGCAUUCUUCCUACACGCGACAGCAGUCGCAAACCCAUACCAACUGACUCCGGAAGCAUCUACAACGAGUCACACAGCACCUACAACUCCAACUCCACAGGCGACACAGCUUCCAAUCACCGAAACUCAUUCGAUCAAAUGAGCGUCCUCUCCGCAGCUUCGUCUGUUACACGAGGCUCCAGCAUCUUCUCCUCCGACAACUCAUCACGAACAGCUGUGCAGGAAUCGCGACCAAGUACAUCAUCUCGGGGCUCACACCACCAUAACGCUUGGGCACCGCAGCAACCCUCGGGUUUUAGCUCCACUACAUCAUUCAAUCCAGACGGCUUCCACUUCCCACGGCCCAAUGAUGAUCGAAUCAUCGAAAAACAAUUUGUUGACAUGAUGAACAAGCGCAACUGGCAGGCUAUGCCUGAACAAGCGCGGCGGCAGAUGAUGGCCUACCCUACAAGUAAAAAAUGGCAAUUAGUACAUCAAGAUCGGAUGGUAGAAUGGCAAGGAGAGCAAAAGAGAAGGACUAAUGCCCGACAGACGAUGCUUAGCCACGAUGGUUCUCAAGGCAUCCUGACAAGAGCAGACGAGGAGGGGAGCCCCGAAUGGUAUGUCAGGAGGGUCAUGAAUGAUACAAUAACCCCGAAGCAACUGGGUAGCCUGAGUGUCAGUCUGAGGACACAACCGAUCAGCUGGGUCAAGUCAUUCGUCGAAGCGCAGGGUCAAGUGGCCUUGACGAAUGUUCUUGCGAAACUCAAUCGACGACAGGGCCAAGGGCCGGCUCCUGCUUCAGGUUCUACAAGUGACAAAGAUCUGGAUCGCGAGUACGACAUUAUCAAAUGUCUCAAAGCUUUGAUGAACAACAAAUACGGUGCCGACGACGCUUUGGCUCACCAACAAGUCGUUGUAUCUCUCGCAACCUCCCUGAUCUCACCACGGUUGACUACUCGCAAAUUGGUCAGCGAAGUCUUGACAUUCCUAUGUCAUUGGGCAGAAGGAGAGGGGCACCUGAAGGUGCUCCAAGCUAUGGACCAAGUCAAGAGCCACCAGGGCGAGAACGGGCGUUUCGAUGCCUGGAUGCGGAUAGUGGAAGUCACAAUAGAUGGUAGAGGCAAGAUGGGCAGUCUUGUGGGUGCCAGCGAAGAGGUCCGUAGUGGAGGCAUAGGCAUGGAGAAUCUCCUCAUGGAAUACGCACUUGCUACACUAUUCCUAAUGAACAUGGUUAUCGAUGCGCCGGAGCAUGAUUUGCAGCUACGAUGCCACAUCAGGGCUCAAUUCACGUCUUGCGGUAUUAAGAGAAUCCUAAACAAGAUGGAAGACUUCCAAUACGAGGCCAUCGACAAACAGGUUGAGCGAUAUCGAGAAAACGAGGCCAUUGACUACGAGGACCUGCUCCAGCGCGAGAACAGCAGCAUGAAAGAUGAUAUAGACGCAGAGGUCAAGGAUAUGCAAGAUCCGUUGCAGAUUGUGGAUGCCAUACAGUCAAAGGUACAGGGAAGCCGUGCGCAGGACUACUUCCUUUCUGCCAUGCAGCAUAUGUUGUUAAUCCGAGACAAUGAUGGAGAAGACCGAUUGCGGAUGUUUCAACUAGUCGAUGCCAUGCUCAGCUAUGUUGCUAUGGAUAGGAGACUGCCAGACAUGGACCUCAAGCAGAGUCUCAACUUCUCGGUUCAAAGUUUGCUGGAUAAGCUGCACACAGACUCCGAAGCACGCCAGGCAUUGGAUGAGACUACCGAGGCGAGGCAAUUGGCGGACUCUGCUAUGGCUGAGCGUGAUGAGAUGAAGGCAAGAAUCGACAUGGGAGCCGAUGGACUGGUGGCGAAGUUGCAGAAGCAAUUGGAAGAGCAGACCCAGAUAAUAGAGCUUCAAGGACGGCAAUUCCAGGCCUUGAAAGCCGAGCUUGCUGAUCUCCAACGGAUUCGCGCUGGAGAGUUGCAAAGGAACGAGCUGGAGACAAGAGAGCUAUACCUUAUGCUUCGUGAUGCCCAGGAUUUCGCUGCUUCUGUGGCUAAGAAGGGAGUCCCUGAGGCGCUUGCUUCGACGGACCCGAAGAAAAUGCAGGGCAUCUUAGACCGCGAUACUCUCAUGUCUCGAUUGGAAGUGCAACUUGAGCGGGCGAAGACGCAAUGCAAGCUGGAGGGCAAAGUCUGGCAGCAAGCUGGUCCUUCUGACAGGUUAAGGGAACUGCGCGAGCAAAUGGACGGCGGUGAAUCGAGUCCCUCAGAAGAAGACUUCUCAAGCAGGGUGACGAGGCAAUUCAGUCCUGGUCCCCUUGCUAUGACCUCGCGGAGCAAGAUACUCAAAGGUCCAAGGCGCGCUGCUGCCGAUGCUUUGGCUGCGAGCGAAGAACAGGCCUACCGGAUGUCGGGCGAAGGCGAUGCAAUCAUCUAUGAGAAACCGCGGAUUAUCGAGAUGAGCCGGCCCAAGAUGAGCACCAAACAAGCCACAGGGCUCUUGGGCGAAAUUGCUGCCAAGGUUCGCAGGUUCGAUGCAAGCGACGACGAUGAUGUCGACGGCGACGGCGUUACCACUGGACCUUCUCACCCAAGUCUUGAGUCUGACUCGCCCAAGACUCCUAUCGAUGAGAUUCCGCCUCCGCUUGAGAAGUCCAAGGAAAUGCCACCACCUCCGCUACCCACAGCGACCAUAAUGCCCGGCUUCGAGAUGGGUCCCCCACCUCCACCACCGCCUCCUCCACCGCCUUCGCUACUUCCAAUGGCUCCUCCAGGACCGUUCCCCUCAGUACCAGUGGCUCCUCCGAUGCCUCCCCCUCCAUGCCGGGCUUCUCUUCAGGCGCUCCCCCCCGCCCCCUCCCCCAAUGCCAGGCACACCUCGGACAGCGACAUCGUCUGCCCGGACUUUAAUGGGUCCACCUCCCAUUCCCGGUGCGCCACCUACGCCAAGUGCACCUCCUCUUCCGGGCCCACAAAGAGGCGGCUACUUUCCCCAGGCCCAGGGAAGCUCAAGGCUAUACAUUGGGACAAAGUCGAUGCUCCUCAAGUCACAGUCUGGGCUUCUCAUACUCCAACCCAUCAGGCUAAAGAAGAGAAAUAUAUGGAGCUGUCAAGGAAAGGUGUUCUAGAUGAGGUCGAGAAACUCUUCAUGGCCAAAGAGAUCAAAAAGAUUGGUGCUGCCAAGGGCGGAAAAUCUGACAAGAAGCAGAUUGUUGGAAGUGAUUUAAGGCAAAAGUUCCUCAUUUCAUUAUCCAAGUUCUCGACGCAGUCUGCCGACGAGAUCGUCCGCAUGAUAUUACACUGCGAUAAGGAUAUGUUAGAUAACCACGUGGUCAUGGAAUUCUUACAAAGAGAAGACCUUUGCGUAGUACCUGACAACACCGCCAAGCUCAUGGCUCCUUACAGCAAGGACUGGACUGGACCAGACGCAGAGCGGACGCAAAGAGAGCAGGAUCCGAGCGAGCUCACGAGGGAAGAUCAGAUAUACCUGGCGACUGCAUUCGAGCUCCAUCAUUACUGGAAGUCAAGAAUGAGAGCUUUGUCACUGACACGCACUUUUGAAGGCGAAUACGACGAGAUAUCAAGGCAUCUGAAAGAGAUCGUCACUGUCUCCGAGUCUCUGCGUGACUCGGUUGCCUUGAUGAAUAUUCUCGGCCUUAUCCUAGAUAUUGGUAACUACAUGAACGACUCGAAUAAGCAAGCCACUGGUUUCAAGCUGAGCUCGCUCGCGCGCCUAGGGAUGGUGAAAGAUGAGAAGAACGAAUCCACUUUUGCAGAUCUUGUGGAGCGAAUAGUUCGAAAACAAUACCCAGAAUGGGAGGGCUUUGUCGACGACAUCGGCGGUGUAGUCACUGUGCAGAAACUUAACGUCGAACAGUUGCGCCUGGACGCAAAGAAGUAUAUCGACAACAUCAAGAAUGUACAAAUGUCACUUGACUCCGGCAAUCUCAGCGACAGCAAAAAGUUCCAUCCACAAGAUCGUGUCAAUCAAGUUGUACAGCGGUCCAUGAAGGAGGCCCGACGGAAAGCAGAGCAGAUGCAAUUGUAUCUUGAUGAGAUGAACCGCACUUACGACGACAUCAUGACGUUUUAUGGCGAGGAUAGCACGGACGAGAAUGCGAGACGGGAAUUCUUUGACAAGCUAGCCAAAUUUGUUACUGAAUGGAAGCGCUCCAAAGAAAAGAAUGUUACCAUGGAAGAAACCCACAAACGAAAUGAAGCGUCCAUGGCCCGCAAACGUGCCAACGCCAAAGCCAUCAAUCCUGCUGCCGCCAACUCUGGUGCCGAUACCCCAGAUGGUCCCCUGUCUCCUUCAUCCACCGGCGCUAUGGACUCCCUCCUUGAGAAGCUUCGAGCCGCCGCUCCCCAAGCCCGGGACACUCGUGACCGUAGGCGCAGAGCACGGCUCAAGGACCGACACCAGGUCCGCAUCGCUAGCGGUCAAAGCAUUCCUGACCUGGGGGACGUAUCUAACAGCGGUAAUGAAAACGAGGAACCUGAUAAGGCCUUGCUGAGCCCCACAGCGGCCACCAAUGAAGAGGCCCCUAGCGAGAAAAUGGAACCUAUUAGCGAAGGCGAAGACGUCGCCGAGCGCGCCGCCAGUAUGCUGCAAGGUCUUCGUAGCAAUGCCGAUGCCGAUGCCGAUAGCGGCAGACCUGGCAGCAGAGAUGGCAGUCUUCGCAUAAGAAGGAGAAGAGAAAGCGCCAACGACGAGCGACAGAACCGGCGAAGUAGAAGGAGAGGGAGAGAAAGCUCGAGCACGGCUGGCGAUGAAGCGGAAACGCUCAGUCCGAGACAAGAGACUCCUAUACCUGAGAUCCAGGAACCAGAGGGCGAGGACGGCGGUGAUGAGGCAGAGGAGGUGGACGUGCCGAAGACCUUCGUGGUGCCGCCGAGUCCCGAGGGAACAGCGACGAAACCGCUGCUGUUGGAUGACUAA